CCCCUCGCCCCCUUUCCUUCCUCCCCCCUCCCCACCCCCUUCUCCCGCCCCGUAGCUCGCGGUCCGUGUGCGUGUGUGUGUGUGUGUCCCUCCGCCAACGCCGCCACCUCAGCCCGGCAAAUGAACUCCGUCCGAGCCGCCAACCGGAGACCCAGGCGAGUGUCGCGGCCGCGCCCGGUGCAGCAACAGCAGCAGCAGCCCCCGCAGCAGCCGCCGCCGCAGCCGCCCCAGCAGCAGCCGCCGCAGCAGCAGCCUCCGCCGCCGCCGCAGCAGCAGCAACAGCCUCCGCCGCCGCCACCGCCGCCUCCGCCGCUGCCCCAGGAGCGGAACAACGCCGGCGAGCGGGAUGAUGAUGUACCUGCAGAUAUGGUUGCAGAAGAAUCCGGUCCUGGUGCACAAAAUAGUCCAUACCAACUUCGUAGGAAAACUCUUUUGCCAAAAAGAACAGCGUGUCCUACAAAGAGCAGUAUGGAGGGUGCUUCAACUUCAACUACAGAAAACUUUUUUGGUCAUCGUGCAAAACGUGCAAGAGUUUCUGGAAAAUCACAAGAUCUAUCAGCAGCACCUGCUGAACAGUAUCUUCAGGAGAAACUGCCAGAUGAAGUGGUUCUAAAGAUCUUCUCGUAUUUGCUGGAACAGGAUCUUUGUAGAGCAGCUUGUGUGUGUAAACGCUUCAGUGAACUUGCUAAUGAUCCAAUUUUAUGGAAACGAUUAUACAUGGAAGUAUUCGAGUAUACCCGCCCUAUGAUGCACCCUGAACCUGGCAAAUUCUACCAGAUUAAUCCAGAAGAAUAUGAGCACCCAAAUCCAUGGAAAGAGAGUUUCCAGCAGUUGUAUAAAGGUGCACAUGUAAAGCCGGGAUUUGCUGAACAUUUCUACAGCAACCCUGCAAGAUACAAAGGAAGAGAAAACAUGUUGUACUACGAUACAAUUGAAGAUGCCCUUGGUGGGGUACAAGAAGCUCAUUUUGAUGGACUUAUCUUUGUUCAUUCUGGAAUAUAUACUGAUGAAUGGAUAUAUAUUGAAUCUCCAAUCACCAUGAUUGGUGCAGCACCUGGAAAAGUAGCAGACAAAGUUAUAAUUGAAAACACUAGAGAUUCAACCUUUGUUUUUAUGGAAGGUUCUGAAGAUGCUUAUGUUGGAUACAUGACAAUAAGGUUUAACCCUGAUGACAAAUCUGCUCAGCACCACAAUGCGCACCACUGCCUAGAGAUUACAGUGAACUGUAGCCCUAUCAUCGAUCACUGUAUCAUCCGAAGCACAUGCACAGUUGGCUCUGCAGUAUGUGUUAGUGGUCAAGGAGCGUGUCCCACUAUCAAGCACUGUAACAUCAGUGACUGUGAAAAUGUUGGACUUUAUAUAACAGAUCAUGCACAGGGAAUAUAUGAGGAUAAUGAAAUUUCCAAUAAUGCUUUAGCUGGGAUUUGGGUUAAAAAUCAUGGAAACCCAAUUAUUAGACGGAAUCAUAUUCAUCAUGGACGUGACGUUGGUGUGUUCACAUUUGAUCAUGGCAUGGGUUACUUUGAAAGCUGCAACAUACACAGAAACCGGAUAGCAGGCUUUGAAGUAAAAGCUUACGCUAACCCCACAGUGGUUCGAUGUGAAAUUCAUCAUGGGCAGACUGGGGGAAUAUAUGUUCAUGAAAAAGGAAGAGGACAAUUCAUAGAGAAUAAAAUCUAUGCAAACAACUUUGCAGGUGUAUGGAUUACCUCAAAUAGUGACCCAACAAUAAGGGGGAAUUCUAUAUUUAAUGGAAAUCAAGGUGGAGUUUACAUCUUCGGUGAUGGACGAGGCCUUAUCGAAGGAAAUGACAUUUAUGGCAAUGCGUUAGCAGGAAUUCAGAUUAGGACAAACAGUUGUCCAAUUGUUCGACAUAACAAAAUUCAUGAUGGCCAGCAUGGUGGAAUUUAUGUGCAUGAGAAAGGACAAGGCGUAAUAGAAGAGAAUGAAGUCUAUAGUAAUACUCUGGCCGGAGUCUGGGUGACAACUGGCAGCACUCCAGUACUGAGAAGAAACAGGAUACACAGUGGCAAGCAGGUUGGUGUUUAUUUUUAUGACAAUGGACAUGGAGUACUAGAGGACAAUGAUAUUUAUAAUCAUAUGUAUUCAGGGGUUCAGAUAAGGACUGGAAGCAACCCCAAAAUUAGGCGCAACAAAAUCUGGGGAGGACAGAAUGGUGGAAUUCUAGUUUAUAAUUCUGGUCUAGGCUGUAUAGAAGACAAUGAAAUAUUUGACAAUGCAAUGGCUGGAGUCUGGAUUAAGACAGACAGUAAUCCUACACUAAGAAGAAAUAAAAUCCAUGAUGGAAGAGAUGGUGGCAUCUGUAUAUUUAAUGGGGGUCGAGGUCUCCUUGAAGAAAAUGAUAUUUUCAGGAAUGCUCAAGCAGGUGUUCUAAUCAGCACUAAUAGUCAUCCAGUCUUGAGGAAAAACAGAAUAUUUGAUGGAUUUGCUGCAGGUAUUGAAAUUACAAAUCAUGCAACUGCAACACUAGAAGGCAAUCAAAUUUUUAACAACCGAUUUGGAGGCUUAUUUUUAGCAUCUGGUGUUAAUGUGACAAUGAAAGAUAACAAAAUAAUGAACAAUCAAGACGCCAUAGAAAAGGCUGUUAGUAGAGGCCAGUGUUUAUAUAAAAUAUCAAGUUAUACCAGCUAUCCCAUGCAUGAUUUCUACAGAUGUCACACUUGUAACACCACAGAUCGAAACGCCAUAUGUGUGAAUUGCAUUAAGAAGUGCCAUCAGGGACAUGAUGUAGAAUUUAUUAGACAUGAUAGGUUUUUCUGUGACUGUGGUGCUGGAACACUGUCUAAUCCUUGUACAUUAGCUGGUGAGCCUACACAUGAUACAGAUACACUAUAUGACUCUGCUCCACCUAUAGAAUCUAAUACAUUGCAGCACAACUGAAUACCUUCCCUAAAGAAAAAGUCCUGCCAUUCUAACAUCAUAACUUAAACAUUUUUGUUUUUUGUUGUUUUUUUUUUUGGAAGAUUUAAAAUAUUUGCCCAUGCUACAGGAAGAGACUGUAUUAAAAAUGAAUACACAAGGUCAGUUGACACUAUGAAGCUCAAGCUACCAAAAAGAAAGUGGCAAUAUAUUGACUCAGGAUCUCAAAGCUGGGUGUUUUAGCAUUACUGUGUAAAGACUUUUGAAGGGACAGAAGUGAAGAACAUAAGCUUCAAUUUUGUACAGAUACCAACUUCUGAAAAAAAGCUGGUGUUUUUACAACUAGCAUUGAAUGCAGUCCAACUUGCAGUAGUACUCUUCAAUAGACAAGCAGCUUUGUUGCUGCUUUUAUGGACGUGGGUACCAAUUGCUUUUGUAAUAUGGUAAAAAUGUGAGCUAGCACUUCUGCGUUUCUUUUGAUUUUUUUUUUUAACAUGUAUUCAGAUUGAGAAAUAUGAUUUUAAUGCUUUAAUCUCAUGUAGUUUGUUUUUAAUUUCAAGCAAAAUCUUAUUGUACUUGAAUGUGCCCUGUUUUGUUAGCACACCUAGACUUGCUGUAACUGUACUCAUGUCCCAGUAUGUACGUUCUUUCUAUGAAAGAGAAAACACUAAUCUUAAAUUAUA